AUAAAUUUCGGAUUCAGUUUUUGAGGUUUUGACAAUACGAAUUUAUAAAGAUGCAUUUUUUAAUGAACUAUAUCAAAUACAUAUAGAGUGUAGAUAAUUAUUACCUGGAACAGAUUUAUUAUGGAUCAAAAGCCUAGCAUAGAUUUAGUUAUAUCAGCGGUUUCAGCAUUGUACAACAACCCUAACAGAACUGAGAAGGAAAGAGCCUCCCAAUGGCUUUUGGAACUACAGAAAUCCGUCCACGCCUGGACAGUAGCAGACGAACUGUUGCAUAUGAAAAGGGAUGUCGAAUCUUGUUACUUUGCAGCACAGACAAUGCGUACCAAAAUACACCAGUCUUUCCAUGAGUUACCUCCAGAAGUACAUAAUUCUCUAAGAGACUCGUUACUUGAACACAUUAGUCAAAUAAAUGAGGGUACCAGCACGGUUAUCGUAACACAACUUUGUGUUGCAUUAGCCGAUCUAGCUUUACAGAUGCCUUCGUGGCAGAGAGUUACACUAGAUUUAAUUAAUAGGUUUUCACAAAAUAAUAUCUGGCCAUUAUUGGAAAUACUCACCGUAUUACCGGAAGAAUUGGAGAGUAGAUCUGUUAGGUUAGGUGAAAAUAGGAGAGUGGAAGUUUUAGAAGACAUGAAAUUUUGUUCAUCGACAGUGACAGAAUUCUUGAAACACUGUUCGGGCAAUUAUGGGAGCAAUUGGCAGGAUCACGUUCAGAUAAACGUAAAAAUAUUACGCUGCUUCACAUCUUGGGUGUCUGUGGGGGCCAUAGGUCUAAACGAUCUUGUGGACAAUGUCGUCAUCAACAGAGCCUUUGAGAUACUUAACUUUAAACCUGAAGACGAGAAACAGACCAUAGCCGGGGCAUUUCACGAAGCCGCGACGGAUUGCAUUUGUACCUUAUUACACUGUUUAGAAGACAAUAACAAUCAAUUGGCACUGGAAAAUUAUCUGUUUCACAACAUUGUCAACCUCGAGGUACCUUACCAUAUGUCCGUAGCUAACGAGGAUCAGGGCAAGUCCAUGGACUACUGUCGACUGUUCACCGAACUGGCAGAGUCGUUCUUAGAGAAAAUCAUAUCAAAUAGUACACCUAAACAGAUGCAUUAUGCGGUGAAAAUUUUAGAUUUAGUUUUAAUAUGUGUCGGCCACCACGAUUACGAGGUGGCCGAAAUAACUUUUAAUUUGUGGUAUGUGCUAAGUGAAGAACUGUAUCAGAAGAACAAUAAGGAGCUUACGGAACUGUUCAGACCUUACGUGGAGAGACUGAUAACCGCCUUGUGUAGACACUGCCAGAUGGAACCUGAUUACGAGGGUUUGAUAGAAGACGGCGACGAAUUUAAAGAUUUCCGCCUCAAAGUAUCGGAUCUUAUAAAGGACGUGGUGUUCAUCGUGGGGAGCAGCAGCUGCUUCAGGCAGAUGUUCAUUAAUCUGCAAGCGCCGGGCGUCACUUGGGACGCCAGCGAAGCCGCUUUGUUUGUUAUGCAGGCUGUUGCAAAGAAUGUUUUGCCAACCGAGAACGAAGUGGUACCAAAAGUGGUCGAGGCUAUCCUGAACGUCCCCGAGAAUACUCACAUAGCCGUAAAAUACACGUCGGUUCUCCUCCUGGGAGAGCUAUGCGAAUGGAUAGAAAAGCACCCGAACACCCUCGACCCCAUCCUAAACUUCCUAGUAUGUUGUUUACCUCAACCGGGUGUGGGAGCGGCAGCGGCCGUCGCCCUACAAAACAUAUGCGCUUGUUGCAACGACCAUAUGCCCAGACACGUACCGAUCCUCCUGCAGCUCCUGCAACAGGUCGACACUUUCGCCAUCACAAAUAACGCGGUGAUCGGGUUGCUGAAAGGAGUGGCCUCGAUCAUCGGGCGUAUGCCGCACACGGAGAUGACGGCGGCGUUGCGAGAGCUGUGCUUCAUGCAACUCAAGCCCAUUUGUCACCUCAUCGAUCAGGAUAUCGUGCCCGUUAAUGGAACCAAGACUGACCCGGUUCUGUGGCUGGACAGGCUUAGCGCGAUCCUGAGACACAUGAACGUCGCCGUCCAGGAAGGCGAAUUUCAUCCGUGCAAACCCGUGGUGCUAGAGGUAUGGCCAAUCUUGUCCCGCGUGUUCGACAAGUACCAAAACGACAUAAGAAUAAUGGAGAGGUGUUGCCGAGGGGUGCGAUUCAUGCUGCGCUGCGUCAGUCAACAGGUGCGAGAACUUCUAGAGAGCCUCGUCAGCCAAAUAAUAAGGAUAUACUCUAUGUACAAGCACUCGUGCUUCCUCUACGUGGGCAGCAUCUUGGUGGACGAGUACGCGGUGGACGCGGGUUGCGUCCAGGGCCUCCUCGACAUGCUGCAGGCCUUCCUGGAGCCCACCUUCCAGCUGCUGCAGGAGGAGAACGGCCUCAGGAACCACCCGGACACCGUCGACGACUUUUUCAGGCUGUGCGCGAGGUUCAUGCAGAGGGCCCCCCUGUCCUUCCUCCAGUGCGCCUCCCUGGUGCACAUACUGCAGUGCGCUCUGAUGGCGUCCACGUUGGAUCACAAAGAGGCCAACACGUCGGUGAUGAAGUUCUUCUACGACCUAAUCAACCAGGGGCAGAGCGGCAGGUCCCAGCCGAACUAUCAGGAGAGGAAAAUGGUGGUGCGCAGAAUACUGGACGAGUACGGACAGCAGCUAGUCACGAAUCUGCUUCACGCGUGCGUUUUCUACCUGCAGUCGUACAUGCUGAGCGAGGUGGCGGACGUUUUCGUGCAGCUGCUGGAUUUCGACAGGGAGGUGACGAGUAAGUGGCUGGCCAACGGACUGGAUACGUUGCCCAAGCAGAGCAACGGCGGGAUAAUAGCCGCCACACCGCAGCAACUGAACGAUAUACAUGUAGCCAUCACUAGGUCAUCUACAUCAAAAUCAGUAACGCACGCUUUAAAAGAUUUGACAAGAUUGUACCGUUAAAUGUAAUUUGUAAUAUAAAUUUUAUAUUGAUUUCCACCAUUACGUGAAUUGUAUUAUUUUACAAGAUAUUAUUUAAAAGAUAUGACAUAUGGAAA